GGGUAUUAGAGGGAAAGGAAAACUUUGGCGCUCUUACACCUUUCUGGUUCGCUCUCUCCCAAAUCAAGCAGGGAAAGCAAGAAAAGGGGCGACGCGGUAACGGAUGGUUUUUCUUCACCAGCAACUGCCGUCUCGGAAGAGGCGCUCCGUUUUCGAACCUCCUGUGGCUUCUCCCAAAGUCCCCAAAUCCACCGUUACUAUACCGCCACAGUUGAGGCAAAACGUUGCCGUGGAAACCCGGUCGAGUGUGGAAGAAUUGGUUUCGAUUCUCGCCGAUGCUGGUUGCACGUUGAACAACCCCUCGGGUCCACCCUGCCUCCCCGCCGAUCGUCACAAGUUCCGUGCACAUCUCCAUCGGAUUUUCUCGUCUUCUGAUAAUGCCUCCGCUGUUCGCUCCAGUUUCAUCUCUGGAUUCUCGUCUUUUAUCCAGUCUCCUAUGAACCUUCGCAGGGUUCUUGCCCCCUUGAAUCGUGAUGGUUUUGGAUCAGCUGGGACUGAAAGCUUAGUCCGACAUCUCUUGCUCAUCCCAUCUAUUCAGCUAGACCUCCAGAGCAUGCUUCUUGAGAAGCUUCUAGAAUAUUUUGACAUGGACCAGGAACAUUGUGGAACCACAUUGUCGCUUGAGGAUGAUGUGGCGAGGCUUAUCAUUAAUCAGUUUAGAUGGCUUGAUUUCAUUGUCGAUCCUAGAGCUUUUGCUGAUAAUUUGAUGCAAAUCCUUUCUAUUUGCCCUUUGCGCUUAAAGAAAGAGGUCAUUGGGUCCAUGCCGGAGAUAAUUGGAGAUCAAAACAAUAAGACUGUGGUUGAUUCUCUUGAACAGAUGCUUCAAGAGGAUUCAGCUAUCACUGUACCUGUACUUGAUGCUUUUGUGAACCUGAACCUGGAUGAGGAGUUGCAAGAUCAGGUCAUCACAAUAGCACUGUCAUGCAUUAGAACAAUCAAUGUGGAGGACAUGCCAUAUUUGCUUAGAUUUUUGUUGCUAUCAGCUACCCCAGUAAAUGUUCGAAGAAUAAUCUCACAGAUCAGGCAGCAGACCAAAUUUGUUGGAGUAUCAAAUUCUCGUGCAAUGCAGCAUAAUAAACUGAAGGGCAAGUCGCUUGUUAACAGUGCAGAGGCAUCUAUUCUUGAUGCCUUGAGGUCAAGUCUUCGUUUUAAGAAUAUACUUUGCCAGGAGAUUUUGAAAGAAAUAAAUGAUCUUGAAAAGCCUCAGGAUCAUAAAGUCAUAGACAUAUGGCUGCUUAUUCUCAUACACAUGAAUGGGGAGUCCCUGCAAAAGAGCAUUGAAAAGAUUUUGAAGAAGAAAAUUGUUGAAGAUUGUAUUGAGGAAGUUUUGUUCGACCAUUGCAUUCGUGGGAACAAGGAUUUGGUUCAGGAUUAUUUUCCCGCGUUUCUUUCUUUAUCCGAGUACUUGUUGACAUGCAAAGAACCAAAAGUGAGGGGAUUUGGCACUCACAUAUAUACUUGCCUAUUUGAAGAGUUUUCUGAUUCCUAUUCAAGACAAGAAGUUCUUGGUGCACUAGUAGCUCAUGUUGGUUCUGGUGUCAAUUCUGAAGUGAGUUCUUCUUUGGAUACAAUAGCUUUACUGGCCUCCAAGUAUGCACAGGAAAUGAUUCCUCUUUCAUCUCACAUAAAUGGUGUUUUAGAUUACUUGGAAGGAUUUAGCUUUGAAAAUCUUCAUAAGGUGUAUGAGGUGUUUAGCAGUCUCUUGCUGUUGGCUCGAUUUGGUGUAGAUUGUUUUGGUGCUUCGAUUGCAAAUGAACUUUUGAUGACAGUACGAAAGCAGGUAGGACAUCCAGAUAUGAAGUACAAGAAGAUGGGGCUUAUUGGAACUCUAAAGAUAGUAUCUUGUCUUGGGCAUCCAAAUAAUGUCACCUCUUUGUCUUCUUCUCAGAAAUCGAACUGUGAGGAAGCUUUGGAACUCUUGCAAACGUCUUUGGACUCUUGUAAACAGCUCUGCUUGCCAUUGAUUCUUUUUUAUGAUGAAUUGACUGCAAUGCUGGACAGUAAAACCCUUCAGCCCACUAUACUAGAUUGGAUCGUCAAACAUGUUGGAGAGUUUGAAUCUAUGUUUCUAUGUGAUGUUGAAGGUGUGCUAUCGCCUUUGAAGGACUCAUAUGGUGGUUUAGAAGGGGAACUGUGGAUGAAUCUGGAUGGCGACAUAUCUCCUAUCUAUUUGAACAUUUUGCCACUGGUUUCGUCUUCCUUGGAGUCUGUUUCAUCCUUACAAAUUCUUCCCUCACACUUUUGUCUACUAUCUGCUGUAAGUGCAUAGUUGAGGUUGAUCAAUCAAGGAUCUCUAACUGGAAUUGACGCACUUCUUGGAUGCCCUUUACUCCUUCCUUCAUCUAAGUACUUCUCGACAGCUGGUUGGCAGUCGCUCACCGGAAUUCAGUAACAUAUUGCAAACCUCUCUUUAUAUUAUGCAGCAAACUGGAUAAGGGAACUGCUUAAUGCCUUCUGUACACAAGUUGUUGGAAGAUUUCAGUGCACAAGUCAGGCUACGAAAGAAGAUAUUAUUUGUAAACUAUUGAAGCGAUUGAGGAACCUAAUAUUUCUUGAAAGCUUGUUAAACAAUUUCAUGAAAUCCUCUCCUAUAUCCCUGCCUGAGCUUCAUCUUCAUGUGGAGCAUUCUGUCUUACCCUUACAGCAUGCCGGCCAUAUGGCACAUAUGGACAGGAAGAUUGAGCAUAAGAAAACACCUAAUGGUAACUCUUCGAACGGCCAGAGGAAACAGAAAAAGAGCUUGAAGGCAUCGAUGAGUUCAGAAACUAAUGGAAAACUCAGGCAGCCAACAAUUUUUGAUGUGUUGAGGAAAGCAGGGGCUGCAACUAGCCAAGAGGUCCCAAAGGAGGAGUCUUCUUCAAAGGUUCAAAAAUCUGAUUCAGAAGAUGAACGUUCCUGUGACACUAAUGAAUCAGUAUUAAUACAAAUAACUAGUGUUGACAAGGCUUUAGAAGCACAGAGAAUCAAGUUCAGGCCUCUUCUGGUUCAUUGUUUUUCCCUUUUGGCAUUUUCCAAGAAUGAAGAGUCUUGUUGCUCCGACCCUGCUGCAGAGUUACCUAUGUACCUGUACCUCUUGCGCGAUCUUCAGUACAAGCUGGAUUACCUCACUCCUUCGAGUAAACAAUUAUUGGAUAGAUGCUCAAAUGCUUCUGCUGCAGGUUUCACCAUGAUGAAUGUAGAUGAAUUCUUGAGUACAAUUAGGCCAUUAUUUCCAAAUCUUAAGAGACAUUUUGAGAAUGCUAUAUCUAUUAUGAAACUAGGCAAUGGAAAUAGUCAUGAUCAUUGGAAAGUUCAGUCUCCUUCUGCAGGGAACCCACAUAUACCCGACCUUAUGCUUUCACAAUGCUCAGUUUCCACUUUGGUAUUUAAAGAAGUUCUUCAUUGCUUCAGCAAGAUGCUAAACCUUGCUGAUAUUCAGAAAGAUGAAUCAGUCCUGUCAGAUUUGCUUCAGGCCUUCCAGGCUAUUGAAUUAUCAAAGAGUGAUUUUGCUGGCAUACAACCAUUUCCUUUGGCUGGGACAAUGGAUUAUUUAUAUAUCAGUGCAUGCUCAUUUAUAGAUUAUGUCUUGGACAUUGCUUGUUCAUUCUCCUUUUUGCUGGCAUCAGAAUUUCUCCUUACUCUAGAGUCACUUCUAACCUCAGUCCAGAGAUUCAUCAAUAAGUUGGAGGGAGAUAGAAAACAUAAACACUCUACUAAUAUCCAGGGGGUCCUACCCACCCUGCGCAAACUGCUAGGAGUUUCUGCUCAGAAACUUCUAAGGCAUAACUGGGGUAAUGAGAAUCUGGAAAAUGGUUGGAAGAACAAAGGAGAAACGGUUCAAAAGAUAUGGCGGAUUUUCUUGGAAAAUAGUGAUUCUACAACUGAUUUGCUGGAAGAGCUUUCUUGCUCUAUUUUGCCCCAGGUUUCUUUAUGCUCAACAAUGGUAGAAGAUGAUGAUCAUGGUUUCCCCACCCUAUGUUCUGCAACGUUUUUUGCAUGGUAUAGGGUACUGCAUGAAGUGGACCUUAUUGUCAUUAACAAAUCGGUUAAGGAAAUUGUUCUAUUCAAGAAACCCAGAGCUGGUGACCAACCUGAAAUUGUUGAAAGGCAUUUAAUCAAAUUACAGAAGUCUGUGAAUGUUGCGGUGUCACUAGUUAACAUGUGUAGGACUCAUGACAAGGUAACUGUGCAUGCGAUUGCUGUCAAGUAUGGUGGAAAAUUUGUUGAUUCCUUUCUCAAAGUUUUCGAAUUCUUAGAGGCCCACUUUCAAACACACAACGAAUCUGUUAUUCAAUUGGUGCAAGAGCUUCAGAAGGCCACAAGAACAAUUCAGACCCUGUGUUCUGGAGCAAAGGGUUUGAAACAAAUGGUAAUCACUAGCAAGAUUCCUGUGACAAAGAGAUCUCUGGAACGCUGUUUGUUCCGUGUCAAGGCUCUUCUACAUACAACAUCAAGUGGAUGCUCUUUCUGGAUGGGAAAUUUAAAACACAAAGAUUUAAUGGGGCAAGUGGUUAGCUCUCAGGCAUAUGUGGAUGAUCAAAAUGACGAUCCUGGUGAAGAGCCGGUUGAAGGAGUUGAUGAGGAUCAACCUGUUAGUGUUGCUAGUGAGGACGGUGAGAUGGAAUGAAAGGGAGUGAGCGAGAACAAUAAUGGGUUUUCUUUUCUAUUCAAGCUUCUAUUCUGCUGACUGAAGCCAUAACGAAGUUAGUUGUCUUUUGGUUGCCGUUUUCGCUGAGAAACUGAGGAUGAAGCAAAGAAACUGCAUCUUGUGACCAGAAGAGAAAUCUACAUGCCUUUUGUCUGAGAUGGAAACAUAAAAUACAUAUACUGCUUAGUACUAUCAAAAAUGUCUGGUACCAAAUUUCGACAUUAGAAUCUGUUUUCUAAUCAGAAAUCAAGUUUUCAGUUAAAAUAGCUAUCAAUAGGGGAUUGUAGAAGAUAACGAUGGGUCGUUGAAAGCUCCCACACAAUAUUUUUUGAUGCCAGAGUCUGAUAGAUGCUUAAGGCAUCAAUUAAUUGUCUCGAGCUGUUUACAAAUUAGGCUGAAUUUUAUCCAUGAUGCUAUUUGGCUAUGGAUCUGCUGGUGAGUGGUGAUUGAUAAAAUAUGAUUAGGUAAUUGUAGUA